AAGAGAGGAGGAGAGAGAGAGAGGGUGAAAGAGAGAAGGCGCGCAAAGCUCUCUCCAUCUCUUCCUUUUUCACCUUCCCCCUCUCUUCCCUUCUCCUUCCUCGCCCCCCUUACCACCCUUGAGGCGGGCGAUGUGCAGCUGCAUCAUCUCUUCCCCCCCUUUCCCCCUUCCGAUCGAAAUCCAACUUGAUCUUUCUGCCGCCUUGGUUGGAUGAUUUACCCUAUCUGAAAUCGGCUCAAGGUCAGUGAAUUCGCGCGCGAUUAGGAAUUGGAACCGUUCUGUCUUGCCAUUCUCAUCAGGAAAUGGCGUUGGAAGGGUCCAUUUCGGUGCCGGUGGUGGAGGAUGCGCUGAAGCAGCACGGGGCCAGGAUGUGCUACAUUGACUUGGCCUCGAGGAAGGAGGAGCAAGCAGCAAUGAGAAGGUAUGAGGCAGCUGCAUGGCUUAGGAGAAUGGUUGGAGUUGUUGGUGCGAAGGACUUGCCGGAAGAGCCUACUGAGGAGGAAUUCCGGCUAGCACUGAGGAAUGGAAUUGUUCUCUGCAACGUACUCAACAAGGUUAAGCCUGGAGCAGUGCCCAAGGUGAUCGAAGCUCCUGUGGUUUCAGCUUCCCAGCCAGAUGGUGCUGCCGUUCUGUCAGCAUUUCAGUACUUCGAGAAUUUGAGGAACUUCCUUGAUGCCCUAGAAGAAUUGGGUCUCCCCACAUUUGAGGCAUCUGAUCUAGAGCAGGGUGGUAAAGGCUCCAGGGUUGUUAAUUCUAUCCUUGCUCUUAAAUCCUUUGAUGAGAAACAAGUAUGCAGGAGCGGUUCCUCCAAAUCUGGUGGAACUAUGAAACCUUCAAGCACUGGAAAACACUUUGUGAGGAGAAACUCAGAACCUUUCAUGAAUUCCAUCAUUCGAAGUCAAACAAUUCAGGAUGGUGGGUCAUUGGAGCAGAACUUGAGCAUUGAUUUUUCAAUAGAAUCCUCUGAAAUGAUGACAUCACCUUCAGUGAGCAUGCUUGUGCGCAACCUUUUAUCAGACAAAAAGGCUGAAGAAGUCCCAUUGAUAGUUGAAUCAAUGCUAACCAAAGUACUACAAGAAUUUGAGCACCGGCUCGCCAGGCAACAGGAGAUGAUGGAUAAAAACGAGACAAUUGAAACCAGUUUGUUCAAUGGAGCAAGCAAUUCCAAAGAGUUUCAAUCCACUUGCUGUGAGAAUAAGAUGAAGGUGAUUGAUGAAAUGGGUUCCCUCUAUGAAGCAAGCAAUUCGACAGAGAUUCAGUCCACUGCCUGUGAGAAUAAGGUGAAAGUGAUUGAUAAAAUUGGUUCCCUCUAUGAUGCAAGCAAUUCGCCUCAGGUUCAGAACACUUGGUCUGAGAAUAAGAUGCUAGAAUCAGAGAGUACUUAUACGUGUUUAAGAGGUGAAGAUUUUACCAUGAGCUUGAGGGAUCAAGAAAAAACAAAAGAAAAGCUUCUAAAGCAGGGUUUACUUGUUGAGAAGCAAAAAAGAGAAAUUCAUGAACUGAAAAAUAGUCUCCUGUCAACCAGAGAGAGUGUAGAGUUGAUUAAGACACAGUACUCAGAAGAAGUUAGCAAACUAGGAAAGCAUAUGCAAAUUAUAACUCAUGCAGCUUCUGGAUAUCAGAAGGUUCUUGAAGAAAACAGGAAGUUGUACAAUCAAGUGCAGGAUCUUAAAGGAAACAUUAGGGUGUACUGCCGAGUGAGGCCUUUCUUACCUGGAAAAUCUAGUAAUAAUUUGACCACUGUUGAUCAUAUUGAUGAUGGAAACAUUACAAUUAGCACCCCAGCCAAGUAUGGAAAAGAAGGCCAUAAAUCGUUUAGCUUCAACAAAACUUUUGGCCCAUCUGUUACUCAAGAGGAGGUUUUUUCUGACACAAAACCUUUGAUUCGGUCAAUUCUUGAUGGUUUUAAUGUCUGCAUCUUUGCAUAUGGUCAAACAGGAUCUGGAAAAACUUAUACCAUGAGUGGACCCAAAGAGCUCACGGAAGAGGGCUAUGGAGUAAACUAUAGGGCACUAAAUGACUUGUUUCAGAUCUCAAGACAGAGGAGGGAUUCAUUUUGCUAUGAAAUUGCUGUUCAGAUGAUGGAGAUAUACAAUGAGCAAGUCAGAGAUCUCCUUAAUGAUGGUCCUAACAAAAAAUUGGACAUUCGUAAUAGUUCUCAGAGCGGGAUGGCAGUGCCUGAUGCAAACUUGGUUCCUGUCACAUCAACAGAUGAGGUAGUUGAGCUAAUGAACCUUGGUCAGAGGAAUCGCGCUGUUUGUUCAACUUCCAUGAAUGAGCGUAGCAGUCGCUCUCACAGUUGCCUAACAAUUCAUGUUCAUGGAAAAGAGUUGGCAUCUGGGACUGUUCUUAGAGGAUGCCUGCAUCUUGUUGAUUUAGCAGGCAGUGAAAGGGUCAAUAAAUCAGAGGUUAAAGGAGACAGGCUCAAAGAAGCACAACACAUAAAUAAAUCUUUAGCAGCUCUAGGGGAUGUAAUUUAUGCCCUUGCUCAAAAGAAUUCACAUGUUCCUUACAGGAACAGCAAACUUACACAACUCCUACAGGACUCUCUUGGGGGGCAAGCUAAGACAUUGAUGUUCGUACACAUAAGCCCUGAGGUUGAUGCGCUAAGUGAGACUUUAAGCACUCUCAAGUUCGCAGAGCGAGUUGCAACAAUUGAGCUUGGUGCGGCAAAGAUGAACAAGGAUACUGGGGAACUGAAAGAACUCAGACAACAGGUAGCUAGUCUCAGAGCGGCAUUAGCUAAGAAAGAGGAAGAGACCCUUGGAAGUACAACGUCCAGUUCUGACAGUUACAGAAUGAAAUCUAAUCCCACGUCUCCUGGGCAUCCAAACCAGAUGCAGACAAUGGACGAUUUCGGGAACAUUGUGAGCUGUUCAGCAUUGAUGGAGAGGGAAGACAUUGAUGCGGUCAACGAUGAGGAUCCACUGAGGGCCUGGGUUGGAGAUAGCGUGCAUCUUCCCGACUCCCUCGACCAGGGAUACAUUCCCGAUGUGAGAGUCUUCAGAGAUCGGCGCACAAGCCGGCCUAAUUCUUUCACAACUGAUGAUUACGAUGAUUUAGAUUUCGCAACUAGUGAUUCCUCAGAGCAAGAAGUGAUGUUGCAGUCUAGCAAUGCAAAAUCCAGUGCUGCAGUCAAUGGUGGCUCCAGAAUCAAGCAGCUUCAGUCGGGUUCAACUAAAAACCCCGACUUGAGGAAUCCUACUCGCUCCCACAUGCCAUCUCCGUCGAGGAAGACAUCAACUGCAACAUCUAGCCAAACAGCGAAAGGCCAGCCCACCAGGCAACGAGCAUCUGACGGAAAACGAAAGCCAAAUGUUAAUGGUAGGAUGGCGGCCUCAAAGUAGACAUCAAUCUCUCGCAUUAAUGGCGAGAGAUUUUGUUGCUUUUCCCUUAAGAAUGCAUCAAAGAGGGACUUGACUAGUUUCGUCUCUCAUAGUUGUGAGUAGCAGUAACAAAACAACUGCUAUUUGUUUCCAACCAAGUUUUUAUGCACGAAAAGGGAAGGUGCCGGAGGAGAAAAACAAAACAUAUAAAAAUUUGCUAAA